AAAAAUAAACAAUGGUGACGGAUUUUUGGCUUUCUUACUCAGUCGUGUGAUGGAGGCCACUUCAGAGCUAUUUUCCUCUUUUCACUCCAUCCAUCUUCGCCGGCGAUACCGACUCUGCCACUCCGGUGACUGAACCCAAAAUGGAAUUAUGGUCUUGUGAUCUGGGCACAUCUGCGGAGCAAAAAGUAUGGAUUUAGUCGCAGGGGGUGUUAUUGGAUUGGCAUUACAAGAGCUGGUUGAUAAGUUGAAACAUAUAAUAAAGAACGCUGUUUCGUGGCGAGAAACGUUUCAAAACAUCAUGGCAAAGCUGGAAAGUUUGCAGCCAUUGGUUAAGGAGAUAAAAGAGUUGAGCAGGGAAUUGGAUCAGCAACAAAAAGAGACGACGGAUUUCGAUACCUUGAUUUCUAAGGCCUUGGAGCUUGUUGAUGAGUACCCCAAAGUUAGUAAGAGCAAGAACAUUUUCAAGAAGUCGCGGUACGCUGAUAAGCUUCAGGAGUUGGAUGAAUCUCUUGAUCAAUGGUUGAAGUUACUGCAGGCCUACCAAUCCCGGGAUUUGAAGGAGCUUCUGAAGUUGAUGAGGGAGCUCCAGGAAAUGGUUAUAAGAUUAUACACCAGUAAAAAAUUGGAACAAAGUCAGAUCUCGAGUACGCGCUGCUGUGAAGUUCCUGAAGCCCCAGAGUUUACCGUCGGGUUGGAUGUGACUCUUGAGGAGUUGAAGGCGGAGCUCCUUGGGGAGGAUAGCUCGGUGCUUGUGCUGACUGCUCCUCCGGGAUGUGGGAAGACCACAUUAGUGCAAAAGCUCUGCAAAGAUAGCGAAAUCGAAGAGAAAUUCAAAAGAAACAUCAUGUAUGUAAAAGUUUCAAAAACGGUGGACCUGAACCUUAUUAUACAGAAUCUAUACCAACACAAUGGUCGCACGGCGCCUGUCUUCCGAGACAAAGAAGAUACGCUCAAUUGUUUGGAGCAAUUGCUGAAGGAAAUCGGACCAAGCCCUAUAUUGUUGGUCCUGGAUGAUGUUUGGCCUGAAUUUCAAGAUAUGAUGUUUCGUUUCCAAAUACCAGAAUACAAGAUUUUGGUGACAUCAAGGUAUGAAUUUCAAGCAUUUGGACCCGUAUAUAAAUUGGAGACGUUGAGUCACGAAGAUGCUGUGAAACUUUUCCGUAACCAUGCAAAGUUGGAAGAUGGGAGCUCUAAGAUUCCAGAGGAUCUUGUGAAUGAGGUAGUGCAGCACUGUAAGAGAGUCCCCCUUGCCCUUAAAUUGAUUGGCCUGACUCUAUGCGGGCGUCCUCGAGAGAUCUGGCGAAGAGAACUGAAAAAAUGGUCUAAGUGGGAUUCUUCUGUUCUUGAUUACAUGGACAAAAAUGACCUGCUUCUUUGCCUGAAAAGCAGCUUAGAUGUCUUGGGCGAAGAAGAUGCUAAUCUCAAGGAGUGUUUCUUGGAUCUUGGUUCAUUUCCUGAAGACAGAAGAAUCCCUGUCACUGCCCUCAAUGAUAUCUGGACAGAAUUGCACGAACUAGAAGAGGACGAUGCUACUGCUUACCUUUUCGACCUCAGCAGAUCGAACAUGGCAAAUGUCGUGGUCACAAGAAGAGACGUUUAUGAAGAGGAUGACUACUACAGUGAACACUUUGCCACUCAGCAUGAUAUGCUUAGAGAGCUCGCUAUCCACCAGAGCAGGCAGGAUCCUGAAACACAGAGGAAAAGGCUGAUUUUAGAAUUAGAUGAAAAGAAGCUUCCCAGUUGGUGGAAUCAACGAAAUGAGCUAACUUUCGACGCCCGCCUUGUGUCUAUCACAACAGAUGGAAAAUUCUCAUCAAAAUGGUGCAACAUGAAGCUGCCUGAAGCUGAGGUUCUAAUUCUGAAUUUUCAGACGGAGAAUUAUGUCUUACCUGAUUUCUUGAAGACCAUGAGCAAACUAAAGGUUUUAAUUAUCACAAACUAUGGCUUUUUCCCGACUAAAUUAAGCAACUUCGAACUGCUUGAUUCCUUAACCAAUCUGAAGAGGAUCAGAUUUGAGCGCGUUGUGAUUCCUUCCCUGGGCGAAACUUCAAUAAAGUUGGAGAAUCUACAGAAGUUGUCUUUGUUCAUGUGUAAAGUUGGUCAAGCAUUUGGUUCUAUCCAGAAAUCGGAACCAUUUCCAAGUCUAGAGGAGUUGAACAUCGACUAUUGCACCGACUUUGUGGAACUACCAGCUGGGUUCUGCAAUAUGGUCAAGGAUGUGCUUAGGAAGCUCAGCAUCACACAUUGUCAUAAGCUCUCUACACUGCCAGAGGAAAUUGGAGAAAUGGAUAAUCUUGAAGUAUUAAGGCUUAGGUCCUGCAUUGAUUUGGAAAAGCUACCAGAAUCCAUCUGCAAUCUUUCUAAUUUAAACUUACUUGACAUAUCGGACUGCUUCAGCAUCAGGAACUUACCCGAGGACAUGGGCAAUUUGCGCAGUUUAAAGAAGCUCAACAUGAAAGACUGCUCGAGAUUGCGGGACCUACCUCCAUCAGUUUUGGACAUAGAGCAGUUGGGGGAUGUGGUGUGUGAUGAGGAGCUGAAAGAAUUGUGGGAAUUCUAUUUGCCCUGUGAAGCCAAGAUAAAAUUAAGGUUGGCCAAGGAAGAUGUCAACUUGAAUUGGCUUUAGAUACGACAUUCUUGCGACUGUUGUCUGUUAAAUGGGGUUCCGUUGAUAUAUAUGUAUACAUCCGUGGGGGAAGAGAUUUCUGGAAAUCCUAUUUCAUAAAAUAAACAGAAUUCUCAGGUUUCACAG